GAAAACUGCGUUAGCUAGCUAGUACUUCCGGUGUCACCAGCCUUCUAUGCUCCUCUGCCAUGCGCACGGUGGAAAAGUUAUCACGAAGCUGCUUUUAUAAAACGUUAAUACGAACUAACAAAGAAGCUUGUUGUUCCCGCUUAGAGAAGAGGGAGCUCCGGCAGGACAAGGAAUGUGCCAGGCAAGUUGUCCAAAAAAAAAAAGUAGCGUAUUAAGUAGCGAAGUAGUUUGGCUCAUUAGCUAGCUAGCUAGCUAGCUAACUCUUGAGUUUGUAUUGCCAUGGCUUUGUACCUAAAAGCCGCUGAAAUCCUGGAGAAAGCCGAGAUGAAGCAGGGCGCUGUGAAAACUCUGGUUUACGACAGCAAAUUUGUGAACAUAAAACAGCUGUUCGCUCUGGUUUGUGAGACCCAGAAGUUUUCCUCUGUCCUGGAGGAGAUCAUUGAGUCCACCAAGCUGCUCAAACACACCAAGAUAAGGAUUCACUUGGCCAAAGUGCUGGUGUACGACCUUCUUAUGGGCCAGGGGCUGAAGUGUGGUGGCUCUUGGAAAACCUUGAUGAUGAAGCAUCGCUCCAGACUGCAGGCGGUGCUGGCCCGCAUGAAGGUGAAGCAAAAAGUCAGCAGCAAUGAGGGCCUUCUCCCGGCCACCGUCCAGCAGCUCGUCAGGGACAAGCUGCCAAGGUAUGUGCGUGUGAACACCCUGAAGACCACCGUGGAUGAUACUGUGGACUAUCUGAAGAGGGAGGGCUUCUCCUACUUGGGACAGGCCUCCAGGCUUGAUGACUUAACCCUGAAGGAGAAACACUUUGUGAUGGACCAGCAUCUGCCAGAGCUGCUGGUCUUCUCUCCUAAAACUGACUUCCAUGACCACUUCCUGUACAAGGCCGGCCACAUCAUUCUGCAGGACAAAGCCAGCUGCCUCCCUGCUUACCUCCUCAACCCCCCACCUGGUUGCCAUGUUAUUGAUGCCUGUGCCGCCCCUGGCAACAAAUCCAGCCACCUGGCAGCCAUCAUGAAGAACAAGGGCAAGCUGUUUGCCUAUGAUUUGGAUGCCAAGCGUCUGGCCACCAUGUCCACUCUCCUUCUCCGAGCCGGGGUCACCUGUCAGCAGCUGGCCAAUCAGGACUUCCUGAAGGUGGACCCUGACAGCCCUCAGUUUAAGGAUGUUGAGUAUAUCCUGCUGGAUCCAUCCUGCAGCGGAUCAGGUAUGGUGUGUCUCCGGGGCGAUGUGUCCUCUACUGACCAGGAGAAGGAUCAGGCUCGUCUGGCCUCCUUGGCCUCUUUCCAGCUGAGGUGCCUAAACCACGGCCUCAAGUUCCCUCGCCUGAAGCGCCUGGUGUACUCCACCUGCUCCAUCCACCGCCAGGAGAACGAGGAGGUCGUAACGGCCUGUCUGCAGCAGAACCCCGACUUCAGGUUGGUUAAUCUGAUGGCUCAGUGGCCUGAACGAGGCCUGGAGCCGCUCACUAAGUGUCUGCGUGCCAGCCACGCCAAGACCCGCACACACGGCUUCUUCGUGGCUCUGCUGGAGAAGUACAGCGCAGGUGUGGAGAAGAAGCAGGAGCCAGCGGUUCAGAGAAGCGAGCCGGAGGCGACACCACUCAGCCCGUCCACCUCCCAGAAGAGACCGGCAGCUUCACAAGAAGAGUCUGAUGCUUCAGAGACGGAGGACAAACAGACACCUGCAGCAGAACAGGCUGACUGUACACCUGGCAAGAAGAAGAGGAAGAAGAAGAAGAAGAAAAAGGCAGCAACAGUGGAGUGAUAAGAAAUAUAAAAUGGGACUGUUACAGCAUGUUGUCUGCAGAGAAUGCUCUACAUAGAGGGCUCUAUUAAUGCGGUGAAAAGUAAAGAUCAUUUCUCACUGUA